GUCAGUGCUCUUAACCUCAGCCAUCUCUCCAGCCCCCCUGGUUUGUUUCUUGAAGUCAAAGGUGGAAGAAAGAACUGGCUCCCAAGAGUUGUCUUCUGACCCUCACAUGUGGGCCAUACACAUAUCACAGUGGUAAUAAACUUGGAAAAAAUAGAAAACUGUGUAUUGAUCACAUUUCUUAUCGUAUGACAAAACAGCUUAAGUAAGGAGGGUUUAUCUUGGCUCACAGUUUGAGGAUGUGGUUCACCGUGGCAGGGUUGUCAUGGCAACAUGAGUCUGGUCACAUUGCUUCUGUAUUCAUGAUGCAGGGCCAGAUGAAUGGCAGUGCUCGGUUCUCUUUCGGGUUUUCAUUCUGUCUAGAACCUCAGCCCAUGGAAUGGUGACAGCCAUGUCUAGGGCAGGUCUUCCUCUCUCAGUUAACCCAAUGUAGCAACUUCUUCAGCAACAUGCCAGGAGGUUUGUCUCCUAGGUGAUUCUAGAUUGUCAAGGUGACACUAUUAACCAUCAACACUGGGCAUCCUGUAUUUGCUGAGGGCUUUACCAUCUGGGCAGGACCAUGGUCUAGCAACACCAGCUUGGGGGUUCUGGCUUCCUUAAUAGAGCUGGUAAUGGACACUCCCUAGACCAAUUACCUACUCCAAGAAAACAAAGCUUGUUAGAAAAGGCAAACAAAUAGGAUGGGGGAAGCAGGUGACCAGGAAGGUCUGUCUCCCUCAGUCUCUCACAGGCAUACCGAGUGUCCACUCCAAGCAGACCCUGAAAACAGUAAUGCAGCCUGCUGAGCCGCCACUAGAAGAACCGCCACUAGAAGAACCUGGGGACUCUGAGGAGCCCAGCAUGGAGAGGUCUUCAGAGCAAACGCUGGACCUUCAGUCGGAACCCACUGUCACAUUCCUGUUCACACUCCUGAACACCCCAGAGCCCAAAGAUGGCGAAUCGGACACGGAGACACUGGAGCAACAGUUCCUGAGUCAGGAAGAUUGGGGCCCUAGGCGUACUUCAGAGGAGAUACAGAAUUUACAGAAGGAGUGCCAGAGGCUUCAGGAGGCACUUAAGGAUAACAAAAGGGACAACCUGGCCCUUGAAGAGAAGCUAGAAAGCCUGGCUACCUCAUUGUACGAAAACCUGGAGAAAACUCUGCUCACACCAAAGAACUAUAGAGUCACCCAAAAGACAGCUGAAGUCUCUCAAGAGGAAGCAGGGGUUACCCAGGAGGAAGCAGAGGACACCCAGGAGAAAGCAGAGGACACCCAGGAGAAAGCAGAGGACACCCAGGAGAAAGCAGAGGACACCCAGGAGAAAGCAGAGGACACCCAGGAGAAAGGUGGGAAGCAGAAAGAUGGUGGGAACUCCCCAGGGCCUGGAGGUGCAUUUAGAUCUGGGCUGCGACUGCUUCAGGAAUUUGCCUCUCAGUCUUUGUCCAGCCUGGGGAGCCAGCCUCACUAG